AUGGCUCCUAAACCUCCGCCUAAGUCCAGACCCACGCAGAUCGCUGCGAUGAAGGAACGAAGAACAUUGCGCACUCUGAUCACCGACACUAUUACCGAGAUUGAGACGUACAUCAAGGACCAGCAACAAAAGAGUCUGAGGUUCAGGUUGAACUCGAUAGGACUGCGAGUCGAGCGCUCAACAGCUUCCACGUCAUCAUCGACUCCCAUACGACUCAUCCAACCUGGGGCAGAGGAUAUACUCCUCGGUGUACGGAGACAGUCUUUGAAGUCUACACUGCUCGCGGAGCAAACACCACACCCGCAGAUCAAUCAAGAAGACGAGUGGCUCACGUUGCAAGAAUGGUUGACUCGAUGCUAUGGAAUUGCCUCUCAUCUGGAAGAUGAACCUGACGAUUCAAAGAAAGAGUCUCUAAAGCACGCAGUGGCAGCGUGCAUCCGUCAUCGGCACCGCACCGACUUCGAAUUCUGGAAAAAGACGGCCAAUGUUAACGUAUGUUUGAACCUAUUAGAGCAGGACAUAUCCUCAUAUAGCAAGCAUGACCUUACAGACCACCCUCUGGGGGGCCCUUCCAGGAAAAAAGCCGACCGCCACGAGUCAGAGUCCGCAGAGCCUCCAAGACUUACUCAUGAAAUCGCUCUGGAGAUUGAUGUACACCCCCGUUGGAUACCGUUUCUCACUUGGAUGGCCGAAGAUCUUGAGUCACUCAACCCCGCUCCUCUUACAAUGGCCGACUGGUGGAAGUCCAACGGCCAAGCUUUCCAGUUCCUCGACCUUCCCGAAGAACUCCGAUCCCUCGUAUACGAUCAAGCCAUCGGCCCCUACAUAUGUUUAUCGCUGAGCAAGGGCGACUCCGACGGAAACCAGCAAGUCAGAUUGUCGCGCCCCAAGCGCCGCUGCAUAGACACACAUCGCUUUGGGAAAGUGACUGUUGACGAAAGCGAAUACCAAGUUCAUCCCAACACACUUGCUCUCACCUGUCAGCAAAUCUGCCACGAAGUCAAAAAGGCCACAUGGGAGCGCACGACCGCAUUGCUGAACGGGUAUCAUCAUCCUUCUAUAUGUCCCACUUAUCCUCACGUUUUCAUCCCCUACCAUGCUAUGCGUCGUAUCGAGCUCAACCUCUCCACGUCAGAUUACUUCCGCUUCCUUGGCCUAAAGUGCGAACGCCAUCAGGGUUUCGUCGAAUUGGACAACGAGAUGACCCCCGCAAUCGCCCAACUGCGCGAGAUACCGACGCUCUUCCAUCUGCAUCUCCACUUCACCACCCGUCCGCCUAUACGGAUUGGUCCUGGUAAUACGUGGAGGUCAUUGGACCCUUGGCUUAAUAUCGCAGGAAACAGGGGUACCAAAGUAGUCUCGUGUCAGAAAGUCUUCGUUCACUGGUUCUUCACACUCGCGUGGGCGGACAUCAGACAUAUACCCCGAGUCACGUUCUCUGGUCAUGUCAAGAGACGGAUACGAAUGAUGUGGGAGUUCAACUUUGCUCUUAGUACUCUAGACAAACGGAGUGAUUCCAAGGCUGGAUCAAUCGCACGGAUACAGGCUACGCCGUGGCAAAGACUGUAG